AUGGGAUGUGGAAUUCCUCAAAAAAGUUUCAGAUCGAAACGCAACAAAGUUGAAGAAGGUGAUACCUCUCUUCAAGACCUUAAUAUCAAUAAUGAUUCUCCCAGCAAGACCAAGCUAUCUGAGCAAGGUCAGUUCUGAUAUAAUGUAAAUGGCACUGCCUACAGAAUCGUUGUAAGUGGAGCGAUUAGCCCAGAUAAAUCUCAAGUGUUUAACUAA